AUCAUAAGCCAACACCCUUCUGGUUCUCAAUUUAUUCCAUGGCAGCUUCGUCUCCUUUUAUGCACAUGGACAACGUUAAUCAAGUCACCGCCGUCGCCUGGCCGGUACUUCAAGUCCCGAACUUCAAAUCAUUUGCUCCUCCUUUGCCAUGCUCUCAAGCUCUUGUUUCCCCUUUUUCUGCUUUUAGCCCCACUGAUUUCUUGGACUCGCACGCGUUUGAUUUCUCUUUCCAAGUGUUCGAACUGCAGCCGAGGCCUCCACCGUCGACCGACAUCAUCUCGGUGGAGCAACCGGCAUGGAAUUUCAAUGAGACCGUGAAGCAGCAAUCCGAGUUGACUAACAGGAAGGUUGAAGACGGGUAUAACUGGAGGAAAUACGGACAGAAGCAAAUGAAAGGGAGUGAGAAUCCACGGAGUUACUACAAGUGCACAUACCCGAAUUGUCCCACUAAGAAAAAAAUGGAGACUUCUUUGGACGGACAGAUAACCGAGAUUGUUUACAAGGGUAGCCAUAACCAUCCCAAGCCUCAAUCAAAGAGAGGUUCUCAGACUUCGUCGUCGGAGAUAUCGGAUCAGUUUGACAAAGCUUCACCAACAAGUAAUGGUGAUGACAUCAAUGAAAAUGAACCCUAUUCCAAAAGAUGGAAAGGUGAAGACGAGAUCGAUGGCAUCGUUGGUUGUGGUAGCAAAGCCGUGAAAGAGCCAAGAAUAGUGGUGCAAACAACGAGCGAUAUCGACAUUCUCGACGAUGGGUAUAGGUGGAGGAAAUAUGGGCAGAAAGUAGUCAAGGGAAACCCCAACCCAAGGAGCUACUACAAAUGUACGACGAUAGGCUGUCCGGUUAGAAAACAUGUCGAGCGAGCGUCCAAUGAUUUGCAAGCCGUGAUAACAACUUACGAAGGGAAGCACAACCAUGAUGUUCCAGCCGCACGUGGAACAGGCUAUGCAAUGAACAGGCCUUCAAUCACAACUGUGAACAAUGUUGAUGCUCCCAUUGCCAUGCCUAUUAGGCCUUCAGCUAUCCCCCGUCAGCCUAACAAUAUAAGUUACAAAAACUCGGGAAUUACCUUGGAAAUGCUGCAGCACAACAAUGAUGACUUCGGGUUCUCGAGAUCGGGAAAGUCGAUCGGCUCCUACAUGAGCCAAAUACAAUUCUCAAACGAGGUAUUCGCCAAGGAUGAACCCGGAGAUGAUUCAUUUUUGGAUGGAUUCCUGUCUUGAAAAGG